AUGCCUCCCUUGAAGAACGUGCUGGACGUGGCCAUGCAAACCGUCAGACAACAAAUCCCUGAUAAACAGGGACAACCGUCGCGCCCGCCACAGAAUGUGAGGUUUGCGAAUCUUGAUAUGGGAGAGAGUUGCGAACUAUCGACCAUGAAUGAAACGACAUCGCCAACUUACCAGUCGACCAAUCCCACAAACCCGUUCCUCAGUGGUGAACUACAGGCUGAAGAUUCCUUCACGAGUUACCAGAAUACGUACCCGCAGCAAGAUGGCGCGCAAAGAACGCAGAGCAUGCAAAGCGUUGAUUUCUACGCUUCUUCCGAGGAAGGUGGUUUCGAAGAAGGUGGAGGAAAUCCGGGUGCAAAAAUUAACGAAUUUCAAGCCGCUUGGAAUGUUACCAAUGCAAUUCAGGGUAUGUUUGUGGUGUCGCUGCCGUUUGCCGUACUCCAAGGAGGCUACUGGGCAAUUGCUGCAAUGAUCGGCAUCGCUCACAUCUGCUGCUACACUGGAAAGAUCUUGGUCGAAUGCCUAUAUGAAGAUGACCCAGUAUCAGGCCAGCGCGUCAGAGUCCGUGAUUCAUACGUCUCCAUCGCCAAGGAGUGCUUUGGUAGGAAAUACGGUGCGAGAGUCGUUAACAUGGCCCAGAUAAUUGAGCUCCUUAUGACGUGCAUCCUCUAUGUGGUCGUCUGUGGUGAUCUGAUGAUAGGUACGUUCCCCGACGGUUCUAUCGAUACUCGCUCCUGGAUGAUGUUGACUGGAAUAUUUCUUCUUCCACUUGGCUUCUUAAAAUCCCUUAAAAGCGUCAGCAUGCUCUCGUUCUGGUGCACCAUGAGCCAUUUAAUCAUAAACGCUAUUGUACUCGGCUAUUGCAUCAUUAACAUUGGCGACUGGGGUUGGUCAAAGGUGAAAUGGAACUUGGAUUUCGAGAACUUCCCCAUCAGUUUAGGGGUCAUCGUGUUCUCGUAUACCUCCCAAAUAUUCUUACCCACUCUUGAGGGCAACAUGGAAGAUAGAUCCAAGUUCGAAUGGAUGCUCAACUGGUCGCAUAUUGCCGCAGCGGCUUUCAAAUCGAUUUUUGGCUACCUGUGCUUCUUGACCUUCCAAAAUGACACGCAGCAAGUUAUAACAAACAACCUCCGUUCAGCUGGAUUUAAGGGGCUCGUGAAUUUCUUUCUCGUCAUAAAAGCAGUGCUAAGCUACCCCUUGCCUUAUUACGCUGCAUGCGAUCUGCUAGAACGGGCUCUGUUUCGUGGAAAACCUAAAACACUUUUCCCAACCAUUUACGCGUUGGACGGCGAGUUGAAAGUUUGGGGACUGGCUUGGCGAUUGGGUGUUAUAAUGUUCACUGUGAUGAUGGCCAUAUUUAUUCCCCACUUCGCAAUACUCAUGGGUUUCAUCGGCAGCUUCACCGGGACUAUGCUGAGUUUCAUUUGGCCCGCGUAUUUCCAUCUCAAGCUGAAAGGCAAUCAACUCGAGAGUACUACAAUCGCUUACGACUAUUUUAUAAUUGCGCUGGGCGUGCUGUUUGGCAUAAUCGGGAUGUACGACUCGGGUUCUGCCCUAGUCAAAGCCUUUAAGAUAGCAACUUUUGGCGCGUUUUUCGCUGAUCGCCAUGCUGGCAAAAUGGACGCGUUCACUCGCGCUUGCGUGUUGUUUGCACUAUGCAUGGCCUGGCUACAGAUAACGAUUCCAUACAACAUCCGCUCGCAUCCAUGCUGCUUGGAGCCUAACGAGAACCUGACAUUGGCCAUGAUUAUUGACGCUUUCGAAAUAUACGGCCACGAUCCAACAGACAAGCUGGAUAAUCUGUGGCUGUAUCAGAACGAAAUGAUGCGAAUCAAGACUGCGGAAGAUCAGUAUAUGAUUAACGAGCGAAUUCAUAUCGCGACCGAUCAUUUGGCGCGCUUCGUGAGACUGCACGUCCAGGAACUUAAGGUGCUUUUAAUAACGCUUGACGACGUAAUCGACAAUAUGCUGACGAUGUACGAAAACCACAACUCCAUCGCAGCCGAGAGGAGAGCCACAUAUAGCGGAGGGCCAGUUCCUAUGGAGUUUUACGUUAGUCAAGAGUUCUAUUGCGGGAAGAACGUGUACCUCUUCGUCUCUGAGCUCUACAGCGACAUCUACAACAUGGGCCGCGGCGUUGCGCCGUACUGCAGGGAGCGCUCCUUCGUCUUCCUCGGCUUCCUCCACUUCCACGACGAGCCGAAGUACUACCUGAUGGACGACCCCAGCAUAUCGUUCCCCACCGACAACUAUCUCCACGGGCUGGAGUGCCACAUCGGUCUCUGCAUAUUCCGGUUUCCAUUCAAGAAGCUGCUGCAAAAAGACAGGGACGUGAUCACCUUGCCCAAAGCGAUCGUCAAGUGCGGCCUGGUCAUGUACAAGUUGCCGCCUCUCACCGCCACAUCGUGCAUAGUUGCUUCGGGAUCCUUCAUCCUGGACUUCAACAUACAGGGCCUCCGCUACCGGCACUACGAUUACUUGCUGACCACACCAAAUGGGCAGACCUACUACACGAAGGAGCGCCACACACCGUUGGUGUGUGACCACCAUGUUUGCGAAUGGAACUAUACGAACACCUAUGGCGGUCCGUUCCUGAUUCCCGGAGAUCCAGGAAGCGGCAUAGAUCCCGUUCCGCCAUAUAUCGAGCCAACACCGACUCCUGACGUUGUCGAGGAAGAGGACAACAUAACUGUUCCUUAUAUCCUGGACGGCUGCCUUUUUAUGUACCCGCCAAAUUACGGAUCCAUCGCCGGAAAGAGUUAUUUGGACACGGUGGAUUUACACGACGACAGGUUCACGUGUAACGCGGCGGGCAAUAAGGGUCUCUACUGGUAUCCACAAUGGAUGGGUGCAGUGCCUCACCACCCCUAUCCUUCACUUAUGAACGAGAAAGGCUCCUUUGAACCACCUGGCUCAUUCUAUCCGCAUCAGAAUUUCGAAGAAGACGGUGAUAACGAUUCA